UCCCCCCCACACACACACACACACACGCGCGCACCUCCUGCCCGGGAUGAAGGCGGUCAGUCCGGUGCGAUCGUCCAGGAAGCCAAGCGGCGGCGACGUGGUGCGGGGCCUCUCGGACCAGAGCCUCGGCAUCUCCAGAGGCAAAGCGCCGGUCGAGGAGCCGCUCGGCCUCCUGUACAACAUGAACGACUGCUACUCGAAGCUGCGGGAGCUGGUGCCCAGCAUCCCGCAGAACAAGAAGGUCAGCAAGAUGGAGAUCCUGCAGCAUGUCAUCGACUACAUUCUGGACCUGCAGAUCGCCCUGGACACGCACCCCGCCUCGGCCAUCGUCAUCCACCAGCCCCCGGGGCAGGGGUCCCCCUCCCGGACCCCCCUGUCAACGCUCAACACAGACGUCGCCAUCCUUUCGUUGCAGGCUUCUGAAUUCCCCAAACAGUUGUUGACAGACGACAGUAAGGCACUUUGUCGCUGAGUAAAAUCGUGUUCGCACAUCACGAGGCCUGAGCUGAUGCAGCCUCUGCCCGGGAGCGCUCACAGCCCCAGUGACCCAACAGCAAUCAUUGACUGACUUGACUGACUGACUCUCUGAUAGAUCCUCCCUCCAGCUUCUGUCGCUGUGGGGGACUGAUCGGUUAUUUAUAAACGCACUGACUGCCCUUCCUUCAUUUGGAAGGCUUUGCAGUUGUUGUCUUUCUAGAUUUAUUAAUAAUAUCCCAGACGGGAAGCGCAAAAAAAAACACAACCUCACAAGGAGACAUUCAUUCGUCGUUUGGGGAGAGAGAGAUAGAGAGAGAGACUUUACCUUUGCUGAAGGUGGAGCGUGUGACUGACUGACUGGGGAAAAAAAAAAGAGAGAAAUCUUUUAGUUGCUGAAUUUUUAUUUUGUACGUUUGACAGAAAUGUUCCUUUUUUUUGGCUAACGUAGAGGACUUGGCGCCCGCCCCUUGUGUGAUGAUAGACAACCCCCCCCCACCCCCUUACCCCUUGUGAAACUCUUUAAUCGAAAGGGUAUUGUGUAUAGUAGCAGAGAUGUACAUUUCUGCAACGAUGUAAUGCUGUACUUAAUUAUGCCGAAACUUUUUAUAAAAGUUAAUAUUGUAAAUCGUACUUUUUUUAUACAAAAAUAAAUCCGUCGCUUAACUGAA